GCGUGAGGCUCUCACCAGUUCCACAUUGUCAAUGAGGCCACUGUCGCCCAGACAUCCAACGGCAAAGUCUGUUUUGCAGCCAUUGUGUACUCUCUGGGAAACGUGUUGCUGGCAGAGUUAGCCGCGGGAUGCUGAGUGCCAAUAAUUCUAACUUGCUCCAGCCAAUCGUCUUUCAGAGUAGUACAGGCCCGACGUUCCGCGGCAAAGGAUGUGGGGCUCCACCUCCAAAAAAGGCAUUCGCUUUGCUUUUCUGCACAGCACGUGCAGUCGUUGCGUUGAAAUCGGACGGCCUGCAAUAGCUCAAGACACAACCAGCGCCGUUUUCGUCAGUCUUCCCAUCCUUCUUGGAAGACAGCCGUCUCUUGGCUCAUGUGGUUCGCAUCUUCGGUGUGAUGUUCCCCUCCGUAUCCGCUCCUUGCGCACGCCUAGGACGUACUUGGUUUAGACGCAUCCUCUCGCCUGAGUGCACUUGUUUCAGCUAUUCCAAAUGGCCAGGGCAGCGUCGGGAUUUCAGGAUUGUAUACUAGGUUGCAGCCGCCUUGUGCAUGUAGGUUGAAAAUCUAUGCAGGGGAGAGUGCGAAAGCGGCGGGACCGCCAGAAGGAGGAUAUUCGGCAAGAGAGAGUGGAUCUCGGCGAUGACUUCUUUCUGCAAAUUGGAUGGCGUGCAAAGUUGAGCCGAGGGUAAGGAGAUCUGGUUAAGAUCUGGUGUCUUGAUUUCGAAGCUUCGAAAUGAACGGCUAGAUAUGGCAAGUGUGGUGUGGAAUGCGAUCUCUAUUCCUAUUGCUUGCUGCUUGCCGCUGUUCUGUAGUGCUAAAUCCAUCUUGUUCCAGUUCUAGAUCCCCGUCUUCUAGAAUUAAAGGUCCACUACCCCUGCCUUACUCAUGCCACCUGGUAUGCAUAAGUACUUACCUCCCCUUCCUUGAAUGCACACCCUGCCCAGAUCAUUCUGCCUCUCAUACCUUCAUCCCUCACCCGCUGUUGCCACAAUGGAUUGCUACACUGUUUCAUCUGAACGUUAUUCAUAUGUAGCCGAUACACCUUCGUAUCAGUACCAAUAUGCUCCUAGUCAGGUAGGAUCAAGAUGUUUAUUCUCGUGCGUCAUUAUUGACGUCUUUCAGCCGUUCCCAGAUGCAAGUGGUUCGGCGAAUUAUUAUUCGGCAUCGGAACACUACUGCCAACCUACGUACUACCAAUCGUUCCCAUCAUAUCCGAAUCCGUAUGGCACAUAUCCGUCCCAACCAGUCGAAUAUGCCGGCUACAUCCCACCGUCGUCCUACUACGACCCCAACUAUCCCAUACAGUACCCUCAGCCGGAACUGCAGUCUCAGAUUCAUGCCCCAGUCCCGCUGUCGGCGUACUCAACGCUCAUCCCCCCUCCCCUCUCUGAUAGCGGUUCAGAAGCCGCGUCGCGGUUCUCCGCAGAGCCCGCUACCCCCGAACAACGUAUUAUCAGGGAACCGACGUGCUCGCCUGUUCAGCCGACGCAUUCUGAAGAGCGCGCGAAUCCUCUGGAUCGGUUUAUCAAUGCUCCGCAGGUGACUUUCCAGACGCCCUGUGACCUUUUGAGUGACCUCGCUGUUCGGGCUCAAGAAAGGUCCUCUAUGCAGGCGGGGCCGUCUAGCUCGCUUCAUGUUUCUUCUGGUGAUGCUACACCCACGGCUAAGCCCAAAGCUCCCAAGCCUCCCAAGUGUGACGCCGACAGGAAACCUGUUGAAAACCAACGAAAGGUGUACUUUCGCAAUACGUCGGAUAACGUCGGCUUUCAUCUGACUGACCCUGACUCCAUUACGUCUCAUGAUAAGAAGCGGCACCAUUUGGAAAGCCUUGAGCGUUAUAUUCUCUGGCUCCAUGAUCAACUCCGUAUCGUCAAUCAGGAGCCGGCUUCUAUGGAGCGUGUCAAGUCGUCUAAGGGCUUGAGUAGCCGUUCAAUUCGGACUCUUCUUCUGCAUAUGCAGGAGCAGAUUCGCACGUUGCACGGAACCGUCGAAGAAGAAGAACAAAAUUACGUUGCACUUCAGGAACUUAUUAUCACUCACAAGAUACCGGUCACUUUUGAGGGUGGGGAGUUCCGUCGCCAUUCCAUCGCUUCUGGUGCUAUUCCCGCAAUGGGUGCAUUGUUGCCGCCACAUUAACCGUGCAUCUCUCGCUUCCCAUUCCCAUUGACGCCAUCUUGAGCGUCCUCCUCCUCGAGCACUCUGCCAUCAUCUCGCUUUCGCAUCAGAUACGCUCAACACACGCAAUGGGCAUUUUCUGUCAUGUUCAACUUGCAGCAUAUUUCCUCUAGGUCCUCGUUGUCCCUCUAUUGGUCACGCAUCGUAUUUAACGAUCUGGACUUUAGUCGCCGUAUUUAGUACAGGGCUCUGUGCAUCGUAAUCUCAUUCAGUUUUCUUAUGUGGUCGCUUGAUGCGUCAUAUAAUCAUAGAUUUGGUAACAUUAUGGAUGUAUCAUAGUAUUUGUACGGACCUCUCAGUCUCGUUAUGUUCGUGCGCAGCUACACAGUAGUAAUUGAGAGAAUAUUAUUCUAGCUUUCCAGCCGGUGUACCACUUGUCGGCGCUCUCAGAUUCACAUUGCA